ACGCAUGCGCAGUGGGGGCGGGCCGGGAGGUGGGACUGCUGGAGUCUUCCGUGUGCGGUUGCCGCCGCCGCCUCAGCUUUGCUACUCCUGCCACUCCGGGCUGCGUUGCCGGCGUUAGCCGCGUGAGGGUAAGGGAGGGGACCGACGGAGCGUGUGUGCGCGGGGCUUCCUGCAGUCCCAGCAGUUCCUCUCGCGGGUGGACAGCGGGGUCAGCAGCAGUCGCGGGAGGCCCUAGACGGCGCCAUGUCGGCUGGCGGCCCAUGCCCGGCAGGAGCCGGUGGGGGCCCAGGGGGUGCCUCUUGUGCUGUGGGGGUCCCCCCUGGCGGGGUAUCCAUGUUCCGGUGGCUGGAGGUGCUGGAGAAGGAGUUCGACAAAGCCUUCGUGGAUGUGGAUCUGCUUCUGGGCGAGAUUGACCCGGAUCAGGCGGACAUCACUUAUGAGGGGAGGCAGAAAAUGACCAGCCUGAGCUCCUGCUUCGCGCAGCUUUGCCACAAAGCCCAGACUGUGUCCCAAAUCAACCACAAGCUAGAGGCACAGUUGGUGGAUCUGAAAUCUGAACUGACAGAGACCCAAGCAGAGAAAGUUGUAUUGGAGAAAGAAGUACAUGAUCAGCUUUUACAGUUGCACUCCAUUCAGCUUCAGCUUCAUGCUAAAACUGGUCAAAGUGUUGACUCUGGUACCAUAAAGGCAAAAUUGUCUGUCCCCUCUGUGGAGGAGCUGGAGAGAGAGCUUGAAGCAAACAAAAAAGAGAAAAUGAAAGAAGCUCAACUUGAAGCUGAAGUGAAGUUGUUGAGAAAAGAGAAUGAAGCCCUCCGUAGACAUAUAGCUGUCCUCCAGGCUGAAGUUUAUGGGGCAAGACUGGCUGCCAAGUACUUGGAUAAGGAACUGGCAGGAAGGGUCCAGCAAAUUCAGUUACUAGGACGAGAUAUGAAGGGACCUGCUCAUGAUAAGCUUUGGAACCAGUUGGAAGCAGAAAUACAUUUGCAUCGUCACAAAACUGUAAUCAGAGCCUGUAGAGGACGUAAUGACCUGAAGCGACCGAUGCAUGCACCACCAGGCCACGAUCAAGACUCUUUAAAGAAAAGCCAAGGAGUUGGACCAAUUAGAAAAGUUCUUCUUCUUAAGGAAGAUCAUGAAGGCCUUGGCAUUUCAAUUACAGGCGGAAAGGAACAUGGCGUUCCAAUCCUCAUUUCUGAGAUCCACCCAGGGCAACCUGCUGACAGAUGUGGAGGGCUGCAUGUUGGAGAUGCAAUUCUGGCUGUUAAUGGAGUUAAUCUAAGGGACACAAAGCAUAAAGAAGCUGUAACCAUUCUUUCCCAGCAACGAGGAGAAAUUGAAUUUGAGGUAGUUUAUGUGGCCCCUGAAGUAGAUUCUGAUGAUGAAAAUGUAGAGUAUGAAGAUGAGAGUGGACAUCGUUACCGUUUGUACCUUGAUGAGUUAGAGGGAAGUACUAAUCCUGGUGCUAGUUGCAAAGACGCAAGUGGGGAAAUCAAAGUGUUACAAGGAUUUAAUAAGAAGGCAGUAACUGAUGGACACGAAAAUGGAGACCUAGGAACUUCAAGUGAAACUCCACUAGAAGACAGUGCUUCUAAAUUAGAUGAUCUGCACAGUCUGUAUCAUAAAAAAUCUUAUUAAAUUGACUGUAUCUCCAGACAAGAUUAUUCAAGACUAUUCUGAAUUUGGGGCACUAGGGAAGAUGGUGACAAAGACUGUGCAAGAUCAAGGGAGGCUAUUUGUUGCCUAAAUGAAAGGCGGGUACCUCAGGGCUUCAUGUGAACAAUUCUCAAUGCAUAAAAGUCCUUGUUUUCUGUGGUAUACCAUGAUUAGCUAUUGCAUGUAAAGCAAUUUUGAUUUUCUUAAAAUUGUAAAGCACCAAAGCAUGUGUUUCCCAAAAGGAUAUUACUAGGCUUUUAAGUACCAAAUGAAGCACUACUGUUUUAUUUGAUUCCCUUUUCUUUUAGUAGAAGGACAAUGCUAACUGGAAUUUUUGAAGAAAUAGCCUUUAAAUAUAAGAGAAUAAAUGAAUUUGUAUUGCAUAUUCCAGAAUGUUAAGUGUGGUGUUUCAGAGAACAAAAUGUACUCAAUGAAUUGCAGAAAUGUAGGCUUGACUUAAUUUUUUUUAAAACUGAAAAAAUGGUUGUAGUGUUUUAAAAAAAUUUAAUGUGCUUCCUGAUAUCUAGAUCAGUUCUUAAUGAUCAUUUAUUAUAAUGAGUUUGCUUUUCAUUGUUAUUCAUGCAGUGUAAAAUAGUUUUCUUUAAGCAAUCCUUUAUCAAUCAAUGCUGCACUAGAAAUAGUUUCAGAAAAGUUAUUUUGUACAUUGUACUUUUCUGGUUUUUAAAAGAAAUGCAGAUGUGUGUAAAAUAUCUGUUUUCAAUUAUGUUAAUCUGUGUGCAUGGUAUUGGAGCAUUACAUUAUUAAUGUUUAGUCACAAAUGCUUUUUUUUCUGGGAUCCACAAAAGACAGUCUUAAACAUUUUGAGUUGUUCAUAAUGUUUGUCUUGUGAUAGUCCUGGCACUUAACAAUUCGUUUUUCUGUCAGUAAAAGCAAGCUCAAAUUUAUUAUUGUGUCAAUGAAAUACAUUUAGUUCAAACAGCACUUUUCUUUCAAAGUAACUGAUUUGCCAGUCAUUUAAAAAGCUGAGGCACUGGUGGUUAAGAUAAGGUGAGCACAUUUUGAUAUGGUAAUUGUUUUGGUUGGCUUGUCUUGUCAGUGUUAUGUUUGACUAAAGUGCUUUUCAUAUGCAAACUAGAUCUGCUACUUCUUUCAUCCCAGGAACGAGCAUGGAGUGCCUCCUGUCUUAUUUACUGCUCGCAGGCCACUAUACCCUACAGGGGAAAAAGAAAAUAUUGCAUUUAAAAAGGUGAUAGUUUUGUCAGUAUCACUGUUUUUAAAAGAUAUACAUUUAAGGGAAUAUUAAUUGGGAGAAAGCCUGUAAGGCUUUUAGAAUAUUAUCAGUAUAUCAUUUCUAAUAUUCAAAUGUUAUGUGAUAUAAACACCUUCUCUUGUCUUUUCUGAAUGCACUAUAUAUUUGUUCAUGGGUAAAUCUAUAAAAUGUAUAUAUUGUAUUUGGUGGUUUUGCUAUUUAUAAAUUUUAUGUUUUAACUAUAGGUCAUUUAUGAUUUGUUUGGGGUGGUUUUGUUCAUCUGUGUAUCACCAUGUUAAUUUGUAAUGGAAAUGUACUUCAGAAUAUAUAUGGUUACUUAUAUUAAAAUACCUUAUAGCAGAACAUUGCCUCUAAGCAAAAGCUAGUAUUUUAAUUGUACCACUGAAUAAGCAAGCUUUGUGUUGUUGUUUGCUCUUGACAGGCUAGGUCUCUUGAAAAAGUUUUCUCCUUAUACGUCCCCCCUACUCUAAACACAUACCCCCCAUUCAUGACGAUAUCUGCAAACUGGAUUUUAGCCAGUGUAUUUAUUUAGUCAAAAAAAAACCCCAUUGUUGCAUAUCUGAAAACUUUUUUGUUUUGACUUAAAACCAUGUUAUUCCUGUCUUUUUAAAAUUAUUAUUAUUUUUUGGCUGUCCCAAGGCGUAUGGAGUUCCCAGGCCAGAGAGUAGAUAAGUAUUCUUAUCUUUUUAAAACACAGCCUGGAAUGGGACGGCCAUGGCAGGUUUUCAGAGAAUAUCCUUUAUCUACUAAAAUUGAAUCCUUAGGAAAUAUUAGCUAAAACGUUUUGAUUUUUAAGAAGUAAUAUAUCUAUAAAGAGUUUUUUUAGAGAGCCUGGAAUUGGCAUUUCUAUGAGGUGCUAUGUAAUAUGAAGGAUUGUAUGAGAUGGUUAUGAUAUAAACUCCUUGCUUGGGCUGAUAAGCAGAAUGAAAAAUUUUCCAGGUAUUUUAAAAUUGAAAAGGUCAGUUCUCAUUUCAUUCCUGCUUCACCUUGGAUUGCAAGCCUCUGUGAGAGCACUGUUACUUAGAUGCUCCUAUGAGAUUUCCAUCAGGUGCUUAAAAAGUGUUCAGUUAAAAGUUCAUUUUAGAAUAUAUAAUCUUUGGGUGAUGAACUAAUAAUUAAACACUUUUUCCAAAGGACUAAUUGAGAAGCAGUUUUUGUGUUUUCACCUUUAUAGGAAAGAAACUCAUCAUAUGUUUCUAUACGAAACCCAACAGAUAAGGAGAGAACUAUUGCAAAGCCAUUACUAUUAAAAAGGAAAAAAAAAUUUACAAAUGUACACACAAACAGAAUAGCUGAGAAAAAGUUUUAAGAGUGUGAGGGUUGUACGAAUGUGUAUGUAUAUUUACAUUUAACCUCUAAAGUUCUAAGUUUCUGUUGUGAAUAUGAUGACAAACAACAUUUGGGUUAUGAAACUUGUUAAAAAUAGAUGUAAAAGACAUGAAAAUGUUGUGAGCCUUGGUGAUGUAACCGAGUGGUUCUAACGAUACCCACAUCAUGUGGAAAUUCUCAGGCAGGGACUGAACCUGUGCCACAGCAGCAACCUGGGCUGCUGCAAUGACAAUGUUGGAUCCUUACCCACUGCACCACAAGAUAACUCCUCUCCCAGCUUGUCCUUGGUGCUGGUUCCAUCCCUCCAACAAUGGACUUAUCUUCUUCUCAUGUUUAGAAACAAAAUACAGUGAUUCAUGUGUAAGUUGACACUUCAUACAUCCUUAUUAUGUAAUCCACCAUCCACCUGUCCAUUCUUCCACGUAGGGUUGGCCUCGGAUCUAUAGGAUUUAUGACAAAUGUAUUAUAUCUAAUUGCAUUGAGUUAUUUUUUAUGGGUUUGUGAAUAGAGAUGGCAUCUCCUACAUUAAAAUGGUAUUAAUCUCAUUUAAAAAUAAACAUUUUACUAUUCUUUCAUGUUAAA